UCCAUAGCACGCUUCUCUAUUUGGAGCAUCUUCCCCUUCAGAGUCACGCGCCGAACAGUGAAAUCAGCGAUCAGUUCUUCAGUCUCCCACUGCACGGAGCACGGCCCGUGGCACCUCCGUCUCUCUCGGGAAUGGAGGACUCGUUGUCCGGCGGCUUCGCGGCAGCGUUGCUCGUCGCGAUCGCGGUCGCGACAGUGGCGGAGGCGAAGACGACGAUCGAGCCGUGCUCGGGGUCGGACGCGUGCCAGGCCUUGCUGGGCUACACGCUCUACGCCGACAUGAAGGUCUCCGAGGUGGCCGCGCUCUUCGGCGGCGUCGACCCGGCGGCGCUCCUGGCCGCCAACGCGCUCGACUUCGGGGCCCCCGGCGCGGCCCACCGGAUCCUGCCCAUGGGCCUCUUCCUCCGCGUCCCGGCCCGCUGCGCCUGCUCCGACGGCGUCCGGAAGUCCGUGUCCACCCGCUACGCCGCGCGCCCGGGGGACACGCUGGCCGCGGUCGCGGACGUCGUCUUCGCCGGGCUCGCGUCCGCCGACCAGAUCCGGGACGCCAAUGGCCUCGGCGCCUCCGGCGACGCCGACCCCAACGACGCGCCGCUUGAUGCGGGGCAGAAGCUUGUUGUCCCGCUGCCGUGCGUCUGCUUCAACAACUCUGACAGUAAUCUCCCGGCCGUUUACCUCUCCUACGUCGUCCAGGUCGGGGACACCGUGCCCGCUGUGGCCGCGAGCUACGAGACCACCGUCACGGAUAUCAUGAACGUCAACGCCAUGGGCGGCCCCGUUGCCGCGCCCGGCGACAUCCUCGCCAUCCCAUUGCCAGCAUGUGCAUCUACUUUCCCAAAGUCUGCUUCCGACCAUGGAUUGCUUGUGGCAAAUGGAACAUAUGCACUUACUGCUGGCAAUUGCGUUCAGUGUAGCUGUGGGCCAGGAAACCUAGAUUUAUAUUGCACGCCAGCUUCAUUAUCUGGAUCAUGCCCAAGCACGCAAUGUAGUAAUAGCAAUGUGUUGCUUGGUAAUGUGAGCACCCACGCAACAAGUGCAGGCUGCAACGUUUCUUCUUGCGGCUAUGGAGGUUUUAUCAAUGGAACUAUUACCACUUUGUAA